CAACAAUCAACCUGCCAGCCAAGGAUUGCGAAAUGACAAUGCCAGGAGCAAAUAAUAAAUAUAUAAACCUACAUAAAAGUAUAUAUAUUGUAGGCAAGCCACUGCCACUGCUGCCUCACACCCAAGUGGACCGUCUAGGCUGCUGGUCCUAUCAACAAUGAUGCAUCACGGCAGGAUUGGCUUGCCUACCCCGCUGCGUAUGUAUAGAAGUAUAAAGAGACGCCAAUGUGGCGUCGUAGGUUUUAUUUAUUCUGGUCAUCUUGACCAUUCUUCUCUGUAUCCUCACGCCAGAGUACACUACACGCUCCCCGCCUUCAGUCAAUUUCUACAGCAAUGUCGCACGAAUACCCAGGCAUCAAUAUCGACUUACGCUAUUAUAACAAUCAUGGACCCAUAUACCCCAUUGGCGCUCAUGGCAACUGCUUUGGCGCUAACUCGGAACUUUUGCCUGUCCGCGAAGUCUUCAUGAUGGUAUUGAUGGACCGCUUGUCUGACAAAGUUGGCUGGCACAAGAAGGUCUUCGACGAGGAGAUUGUGAGCAAAUGGCGGAAGGAGGCGCUGGAGCAACCAGAGGACAAGCUGUUCUCACAGGUAGUUGAGGCCAAAGGUGGUGGCAUCAAAGUUUCCAUGCCACGUACACGCAUCAUUUCAGAAGCUGCCUUUGACUACUGCAUCAAGGAGUUGAGGGAGAAAGCUGCCCACUUCCAGCGUACGGGCCUGAUUCCGACCCUCGAUUCCGCGGGCAAUACGAUUGUCAAGUCUGACACUGUGGUGACCCCGGAACUGCAGAAAGACCUCCGAUCUGCAUUUGACCAGCUAAGGGCCGACCAGGCAUCUGAUGUCGACUGGCAUCCACGCAGUGAUGAAAAGGUUCAGGACUUGGUUCACCCUUCCAUGUACCCCCUUAUCUUUGGGAAAUCGAACUUUUUCCAGGAAGAAGUUGUCGGGGUAUCCGACGCGAUCGAAUUGUGGGCUGGCAAGGGCGAACCUGCCCGGGCACGCAAAAGCGAUUCACUUGAUCCUAACCGGUCAUAUGGUCAAGAAGGCGACGGUAUCCCUUUGGAAUUUUGGUCUGAUACGUAUCAAUGGCUGCCAGCAAACCUGGCUUUCCAAGAAGACGGGACUGUGAAGUUCACGAGCUACAUCAACAACCUCCACCCAAAGAAAUAUCCUAGCAUCUACCGAACUAUUGAGAAGCUUAUUGACACAGCUAUUCCUGCAUGGGACCAGUUCCUCUACGUACACAGUUAUAGCCCAAAUAAGCCUCCCAGAGCCGGGCGGCAAGUCUCGCGCUUCUCUGUGCCUGAAAGCGGCAAUGAUGAAGAUGAUGCAUUGUGGGAGCCAUACAAUGCCGAAGUGCAAGCGCAGAACAAUUAUGAGCUUACCGAAUCCGACUGGGAGCAGAUUAAAGAGGAGAGAAUAUACAAUUGGAGAGACGAAGACCGCGAGAUGGGCGUAGAGAAGCCAGAGGACGGGGAAAGAGACGAGGAAGCCGACGAUGUGCGAGAGUUUAAAUGGAAACAAAUUCGUGAUCCAGUGCUCCCUGAACCCGAUAGUGAGGAAGAAGUCAACUAUCUGUUCCAACAGAGCAUUCGCGAGAAAUUCAAGGACAGCGGGCUCCAAGUUAUCGUCAAGAUGGCUACCAUUGAGCUAACGCCUGAGAAGCCCGAUUUCCCCAUGGGCGGCUGGCAUGUUGAAGGUCAGAUGAACGAGCGUAUCUGCGCUACAGCUCUGUUCUACCUUGACAGUGAGAAUGUGACGCCCAGCCACCUGUCCUUCCGCAUGCAAACCACGUACGACCAAGACGAACUGCAAGGUAUUGCCGGCCAGAAUGAAUACCACUGGCUUGAGCGUGUGUAUGGCACUCAGUUAAGCCAGUCGAGCGACGGAGCGAGUGCCUGUCUCCAGCACUACGGAAGUGCUGAGACCCGACAGGGGCGCCUGCUCGCCUUCCCAAACGUAUUUCACCACAGGGUCUCCCCCUUCAAACUCCAAGACCCAACCAAACCAGGCCACAGACGCUUCAUCGCGCUCUGGCUCAUCGACCCACACCAGCGCAUCAUCUCAACUGGCAACGUCCCACCACAGCAGCAAGACUGGUGGGCAGAUGCCGUUUUCGGCAACGGCACAGAUGCAAACACCGGCAACAUGCCGCCCGAGAUCCUGGAGCUGCUCGCAGAGCGCGGCCCAGCCAAGAAGUCGCAGAAACAAGAUGGUGGCCAGACGCCGGGCCGCAAGCUGCCGACGGAGAUUAUGGAGAUGGUGAGGAAGAAUGGGGUUGCGACUCAGGGGCUGAUGACGGUGGAGGAGGCGAGACAUCAUCGGGAGGAGCUGAUGAAGGUUAGGAGUCGGUUCCAUGAGAAGUCGGAGCAGGAGUGGGAGGGUGUUGAGUAUUUCUUCUGUGAGCACUAGGUGUGUUGAACAACGGGUUUUAUGGGACGUUGGAGGCUUGCUGGAAGCCAAGUAUUGUUCUUGGAACUCUACCUACGCUGAAGAAUAUGCUAAGAAAUAGGACCUGAGAUUACAUUUUCCGGAUGAAUGAAUGCGU